AUGACAAUUGCUGGAAACUCCAUGGUUAUUGCUGUCGUCAGCUUGGAUCCUCAUCUUCACACUCCCAUGUACUUUUUCUUAUUCAACCUUGCUGUGAUUGAAUUAUUGUACACAAAUGUUGUUAUUCCAAAUACGUUAAGAAAUCUCUUAAAUGAAGACAAGAACAUCUCAUUUGUAGGCUGCUUUAUUCAAAUGUUUGCCUUUAUUACUUUGGGAGGCUCUGAGUGUGUUCUACUUGGCAUUAUGGCGUAUGACAGAUAUGUAGCCAUAUGCAAGCCUCUCCUAUAUACCAUUAUGAUGAACAUGUCCUUGUGCAUCUACUUAGUAGUCAUGUGUUGGGUGAUAGGAUGUGUCAAUUCAUUAGUGAACACUGUUCUUACAGCAACAUUGCCCUACUGUCAUGACCGUCUGAUAAGACAUUACUUCUGUGAGAUUCCACCACUUCUAAAGAUAGCUUGCAAAAAUACCCACACCAAUGAGUUAGUGGUAUUUCUUGUUGGAGGGUUUGUGAUGGUGGGCCCAUUUCUUCUUACUCUUAUAUCAUACAGCUUUGUCAUCAGUGCAGUAAUAAAAAUUCCUAGUGCUACUGGGAAGAGAAAAGCCUUCUCCACAUGCACCUCUCAUCUGAUGGUUGUCACCAUCUUCUAUGGGACAAUCAUCUUGACUUACCUCCGCCCUCCUUCACAGUCAUUCUACAAUCAUGAUCACAUCGUUUCUUUGGCAUAUGCUAUAGUCACACCACUUAUUAACCCCUUCAUAUACAGCUUUAGGAAUAAAGAUGUUCAGAGUGCUCUGAGGAAAAUUAUACAGCCCAGAAUUUUUCUGUGA